AAAUAAAACUCUAGAUUGCUAUAAUUAAUCUAAUUAUUCUAGAUUAUUAUGCUACGUUUAAAAAUUGCUUUGUUAAAAAUUCGUUAAAUUAAAAGGGGUGUGUAAAAGUUUCUUCUUUUUUUGAAUUUUUAAAUGCUGUAACUCCAUAUCAUGUUCAUAAUAGGUUUUAUUACAUUCCAUUAUACGUAGGCCUUAAAAGGGCCUUUUAGCUUCCGUAACUAUAACUGUAGAAUCAGCAACAUUAAAUAGAGGUACCUUGUUUAAUUCUGCUUAUACAUAUAUUGCAUUAAUUUUUCUGCUACCUUAAGAUUUUUCUAUUCUUACACUUUAUGUGAUUUUCUUAACAUAUAUAAUUUAUAAAUAAUAUUUUUAGUAAUGGAAGGAUAUGCAAGUAUUAAGAUACCGUGAAAUGGGGUGACUUUGCCUCUUGGGGUGGCUUUGCCAAAUUCCGUCCGAAAAUAUGUUAGACGUAGCCGUAGCCACUACUUGAAAAGAACGCGUUAUGUGUUAUUGGUAAAUUAUGGGUGGAAGCGCCCCACGUCUCGGAACGUCGCUAAACGCUUGCCGUCAGUUGCGAUGUAGCAUUUACAGUGCUGUGAAGCCAAAUCUGUUUUUAAAGCCUAUUUUGUGCGUUUCAAAUUUCGACGUGGCUGCAAUAGUUAACCACGCUAUAUUGAGGUAAGUAUUAUGCAGAAGUUCGUUAUAAUAUUGAGGGUGAUGAAGCAUAUUUUACGUAAUUAUACUUUUAAAUGGGGUGGCUUUGGUCUAUCAAUAAGAAUAAGGAAGAGGGCAAAGACACCCCAUAUAAGCAACUAACUUUGCCCAUUCAGUUUUUUACUUUUUUUAUAUAUAUAUUUGUUUAAUAAACAAAAAAGCGUAUUAUUGUUGUGUUGUCCUUAUUACCACUUAUAGCAUAGACCAUGCGCAUUUGAGAAAAUACAACAAUUUUUGAAAUAAACACGAUUUAAAAUUCAGAAUUGGGCAAAGUCACCCCACUUCAAGGUAUCUUAACAUCUAUUCUCCACACCAUAAAGCAUAAUGUGCGUUGUAUUAAGACAUAAAAAAAUUAUUAGAAAUAUCUUAAUAUAAAUCACAAACUAACUUAAGUUUUGCUUGUCUUAAGUUGGUAUGUGUAUAAAUUUAAUGAGAUCAAAAAUAAACCUUCACCAUAUUAUCAAGAUAAUAAAUAAUCAUUUUAAUUUUGGCAUUACAGGAAACAAGAAAUUAAGUAAAUUAAGAAAAGAAUAUCAAAGUACAGGAUAUUAAAUACUCUAAUGUAUUCUACGACAUAAUCAGCAUUCUUCGAUAAAAUAUGUGCCUAAGCAAUUGCUAUUAUUAACCCACUAACUUGAUAUUUUUAAGAAAUUAUGAUACAAACACACUACAAUCAAACUAGGUAAAAUGUUACCUCUAUCUCAUUUUCUUUGUACCAUGCCUCAAUCUUAUCGACUUGUGCUAUAAAACUGGUCAUGCGGUAUAGUACUUCAAUAUAUAUAAUUGAUAUAUACCUAAUCAACAACAAGUCUUGGGUAUAACAUCAAACAUAUCAUAAUUGAUAUACCUAAUCAACAACAAGGGUAAAAACCUGGUAAAAACAUAUUCACAUAAGGCCGGAGUUACGACGCUCCAAAGACCUAUCUCAAAAUCCUCAUGGCUUACCACUUUUUCGAUCUUACCCCUUUUCGUCUCACGUGUCAUAUCGCUAGCUCGUGCGUCACGACCUUGAAUUUUAAAUCCCAGCGCGCGUAAAUAAGUUUCACUUCAACUAUCAAAUGGUGUUUUAACGUCUCGUUUUUGCUGUUAAACCAGAGAAGAACGACCGUGUUCUUCUCUGGUUAAACUGUGCUGUUAAAGCUUGUUAAAGCUAAUAUGAACGAGGUCGAAACUACUGUUGCCCGCUUUCAAAACGGGUACGUAAGUGCCCCCCCCCCUUUGGUUCCAACGUUUUUUCGUGACUAUUUUCUUUAAAUUUUAUUACGAAUUUGAUUUGUUUAGUCAACUGCAUUUGUUUAGUCAACUGCUGUUGACUAAACGAUUUGACAUCGAUCGACUCUCCGAUGACAAAUAAUUUGGGACGAUAAUUUCGCCUAGUUCACUAACACAGCGAUUAAAAUGGCAGACAAAUCUGUCGCGAAUUAUCGGAGGAUAUUUUGUAGAAAGUUAAGGAAUGGCGAACAACCUCACAACGUAUCUUCAUCUAUGCGUAGGUAGUUUUUAAAAUCAUCAGGAUCAUCCUCUUGCCACCGCUUUAUAAGCCACAUAUGGUAUAAUUAUUUUCCCAAUAGACAUGUCUUAACACAUCUACAAAUAACAAGUAAUUAAAUCGCUCAGAUUUUUUGGACUUCCGAAAAAUCAACGAUCACAGAUAAAUUAUAACAAAUUUACGGAUAAAUCUUUAUGAACGACACAGGCAGACGGAACGAAUAAACACUCAGGAUAUACUGUAUGAUCGAAUAAAAACGGCGUCAGCGAUGGCUAUGAAAUAAAGAUCGCUGUCAUUUUAUAUGUAAAAUUAUAUGGGAAAUGUCAUCGAUCGUCAUUUCACAGCCAUCGCUGACGCAGUUUUUAUUCGAUCAUACGGUACUUUGAUAAUUCGCUUCAAUAAAACUAAGCGUCUUCAUAAGAUUUACCUGAUAGAUCUGUCUUAACGAUUUAUCUAACAAAUAUUUGGUAAAAUUUAUUUCUCCCAAUAAGUUGUUACGUGUGUAUUCAACUAUCGAAUUGUGUUUAAUACCUAUUUUAUUGUUAGGAAAAUGGGGAAUAAUUAUUUUUAGAGCAUUAUAUAGACUUCAAUUUCAAUGUUUCAAUAUUAGAACACUUUACGUAAUUUUUUUCCCUACUUAAAAAUAGAUCAAUAAUAUUUAUAAUAUCAUUUGAGUGAAUGCGCGUGAAAUGUUCGAUAACAAUUUAAAAAUAACCAGUACUGAGAUAUACUUUCUUAUAGUCUCUCCAAAAAACUUCUACCAUGGAAAGUAAUUUUUUAGAAAUAGUUUUAGAGCAUUACAGAGAAAAUGAUUGGAAAAGCAUUUUAAAACUUAACGAAAAAUCAGAUAAUCCCAAAGCUUUAAAAAUAUUGUGGGCCUGGCCUGAAGAAUCUAAUUUAUUUUUUUUGAAAUACUGUUUGGAAAGGUAUAAUAUCGAAGGAAUUAUGUCUAUUGGAUGUGGUUGUGGAUUAUUAGAGUGGAUUAUAGAGAAAUGUAGCGGAGUUCGAGUAUCAGGGUACGAAGUUAAUAAAGAAUGGUGGGAAAGUAAAUACUCCAACCCAUGUUUCAUACCUUUGAAUUUUGUAGAAAACAUCUCUAGUUUAUAUUUAAAUAACAAAUUCGCCCUAAUGUUUUGCUAUUUUAAUAAUGGCGAAGCGUUUCGGGAGUACAUUAAUCGAUACAAUGGUGAAAUGGUGAUUAUAAUUGGACCUAGCUAUGGUUCUGGAAGACACACAGACCCUCAGCCUUUCAAUCCCAACUUUGGACACUCAUGUUGGCAUUUGCGACAUUUCCAGCAACUCAAAGACACUAAAGACUUUAUAGCAAUUUAUCUCAGAUUCAAUAUAUCACAAUUAGAAUAAAAAAUUGUAGAAAUGUAUAUUCGUUUAUAUAUAAAUAGUAUUUUUAUAAAUGCCAUAUUAUUUUUCUACUUUAUUACAUCCCCUUUCUCAAGUAAAAAUAAAUAUCAGUUAAUAAAUGUAUGGAUCACUGUAUACGGAAUCAAAAUAUAUACUUAGACUUUAGGCUUUUAAAAAUUAAAAUCGAACAGAUAUGUUCACAGCUUUGUUUUUUUUACCUAAAUUUGAUUCGUGUUUUAAACGCCAUAGUUUGACUAUUUCUUUAGCCUGUUAACUUAUUAAAGACUUUAAUAAAAAAAAAAACGAAAGACCUUAUUGUGUUGGUAAAAUGUUAAUUGCAGUUACUUAUAACAUCCCCUUGUAUUGAC